GUGCAGUGUAGAAGUACAUUUCUAGGGUUUUGAAAGAUUUUGUUAGGGUUUCUUGCUCCCUUCUUCCGAUCAAUCUCAAUUUCUUUGAAAUCAAUGGCAAGUGAAAGAAAGAAACAGAUAAUAACCCGACCAGAAACACAGAAUACAGUUGUGAUUUCAAAGAAGAAGAAAGUCGGAAAUGAUGGUGAUUCCGAAGAAUUCAGUAAUUUUCUAUGUCUUCCUCAUGAUAUUAUCUUAAAUGAUAUAAUAACUAGAGUACCUAUUGAUAGUUUGAUGUGAUUCAAAUGUGUGUGCAAGUUGUGGCUUAAUUUAAUCUCCACUGAUUAUGAAUUUAUCAAUAUGCAUGCUCAUCGAACUGGUACUCAUGGGUUUGGGUUUAUGUAUCUUUCAUUAAGUUAUACUGAUGAUGUAGAUAGAGAAAUUGAUGAUGCUAAUGGUGUUAUCAAAUCUGAUGGUAUUGGUUUCUGUAAUAUGGAUAGGAAAGAAAACAAGGUUUAUCAUUUUAAACCAGAAACUGGUUUCGUAAACAGCAAACUAGUAAUUCGACAUUCGCUGAAUGGUUUAGUUCUUUUAUCUCGCCACGGAGAUACUUUUGGUUUUACUCAUCAUGUUAUUAAUCCAAUUACUGGUAAUUUAGUUGAGCUUCCUGUUUUAAAUGAUAUAGUUCAUAGAAUGUCAGGUUUUCAUUUGCACCUAGCUUAUGAUGCCGCCGCUGAAAAGUAUAAAGUCGUUUGCUUUUAUAAAAGGAAGAGAUACUGUAUUUUCAAGAUUGUUACAGUAGAUGUUAAAGUGAUUCUUGGAGGAAUGUCGUUGCUCUAUCGUCUCCUUGUUUACUGGAUGAUUAUGAGGCGGUGUUUGCUAAUGGAAUUGGUUGACUCAUGAUAGAUAUCCUAUGAGUGGUUGUAAAGUUGAUCAGGGUAAAACUAUUAGUCUUGAUGUUAGUAAAGAACAAUUUUAUACGCUAGAUUACCCGAAUGGAGUUUCGGAUGUAUGUCAACUAUUGGAGAUGGGAGGAUCGGUUUGUUUCCUUGAAUAUGAGUCCACUGGGAAGAUAAAAUAUUGGGUUUUGAAGGAGCAUGAGGAGAACCAGAGAAAACAAAAUCAACAUAAUGAAUGGUUAGAGUAUAAUAUUGAGAUAUUACAGAAUAAUGAUGUACCGAAACUCUUCCAUAAUUUCAAAAGCAAUAAUUGUGUUGGAAUCAUUAAGAAUCCCACACAUAAGAUCAUAUUUUGGAAUACCAAUGUGCGCAUACUUGAUGGACCAGACGAGAGGGGGUUUAUUAGUUUUUACACUCCCGAGGUCUACAGUUAUGAUGUUGAAUUGAAAACGUCUGAAUUCAUCUCUCAGCAUAGAGGGAUAUUUGUGAAGUGGGAUCUCAACUCCGUUGCGCACUUUCAAUCAACCUUUGCUGGUAGUUCGAUGGAGAGAACAACUACAGAUAAGUGAAUGAAAAAAGCAGCAGGCAUGCAGAAUCUCUAAGCCUGGUCACUGCAAUACAUUGAACUCAAGAGACGGGCAUUAGGAGGAAGCUUGAAUGUAGCACAUGACCGUACAUUUAACAUUUAAUUUAGAAUUGGACCUCCAAGUCUGUUGGAAGACCCUAUAAUCAGGAGACUGUUCCUCUUGCAGAAGAUUGUAUAAGCAGGAAUCUUAACGGAAGUUUGAUUUAGAAUGCUUCUGUCAUCUUGUUUGAAUAUCCUGUAGCAGAAGACAAUUUUUAGUACUCUUGUUUGUAAACUGUGUAACUGGUACUUUUGUGUUUGGCAUGAAAAAGGGACAUGUCUUUUGAAUUGCUUGCAUGUUCCAUUGCUUGGUCUUAUAUAUAGUCAAUGAAUGUUCAAAGUAA